UGUCUGUGUAUUCCCUAAAUUGUUACUAUCCAAAUCCAACAUACACAUGACUUGUCGAUUUCGAUAGGAUUUACAUCAACAGUAUCUACAAGCUUUCCCUUUCUAUCCGUAAAUAUUUUUGAAUAUUGAAGAAAGUCGUUAAGUUAUGCAAAUUAAGUAACUAACAGUAUCUACAUCGCUCUGUAAUUUUAAUAACCUAAAAGUGAAACUGAUUUGUGAGCCAGCCAGGAAUUUGCUUAUAAUAUGGCCGACUCAACCUCUCAAGACCAAGCCCAGCCGAGGGGGUUUGAACUGUUGAAACAACACACGCUAGCACACAAGAUAGAUGUCGCACUCUGGACAACUAGACUGCUCGCUGUGUUCUUCACUUUCGCAUACUUCAUCCCUAUAUUUGGCAACCCGUACAAUGCGUACUACAAGGUGCUGAUGGCCAAUGCUGCCACCAGUGCGUUGAGGCUACAUCAGAGAUUGCCGGGCGUCUCGUUUGACAGAGAGUUCUUGUCUCGUCUGCUGCUAGAGGACAGUUGUCAUUACUUGUUCUACUCGCUUAUCUUCCUCUACGUCGCACCUGUCACAUUCGCACUUCUGCCAGUGUUUCUGUUCUCUAUCAUCCAUUUCUCCAGCUACUCCCUCACUCUGCUGGAUUUGCUGGGACACAACUCAUGGUGGGGAGCUCGACUGCUCAUCUCAUUGGUGGAGUUCCAGUCGAGGAACAUUCUGCGGUUGAUUGCUUUCUCAGAAAUCUUCUUGAUGCCAUACACUGUCAUCCUGAUCUUCAUGGGCCGAGCUGGGUUGUUAACUCCGUUCGUCUACUACCACUUCCUCACCCAGAGGUACAACUCGCAGCGUAACCCGUACACUCGCAACAUGUUCCACGAGCUGCGUAUGACUGUGGAGGGGUUGGCUCAGAAGCCUAGCACACCCGGAGUGUUACGCAACGCUCUUCUCUCAUUGGUGGCCUUCACGUGUAGGUUGGCUCCGCCCACCCGUCCUGCACCCGCACAGUAAACAUUUACCAACAAGUACAAGACAACUGACAUUGGCAGUUGAUUGCAACAGAUUCUGCAGAACAGUAUAUUGUUUUAUCCGUCAUUUUUUAUCGUUACUGUAAACUUGUACUGUACGACUAAAACAAUGUUAAGCAUUUAAGAAUUAUAGAGUAUGAUUGUUCUCCAUCUUGUUUUAUACACUUUAAUGGUUGUUGUGUUCUAGAUAAUGUUUGAAUCCCUAGCUUUCUGCUCUGUUAAACAGAUCCAAUGGGAUAGCGAGUUAUUUUUUGACAAAUAUUUUAAAGCUAACUCAUCAACAAAAUUGACAUAUUUCUCAUUGAUUAUAAUUUUUCAAAAUAUGAAAGCAUGUAUGAAAGUUUGUGAUCGAAAAAUGUAUUAAUAUUUUAUUGUUCUGUCAUAUCCAUCGACCAUUGUUAUCAGUAAUUAUUACUUAAGAAAAUGACAUAUAUAUUUAUGAUUAGUUAUAAUUUUAUGAAGGAGUUGGGAUUAUUGUAGUUUAAUUUGUUGUUGUUGUAAGUUUUACUUUAAUUUACUAAUUUUAAGCACUCCUUUGUUCCGUAGGUUGUUUGUAAAUUUGUAACCUCAUACAAUCCACUAAACCGCCAACACUAGACAAAGUUUUGUUUACAAAAUAUUUUCUAGGUGCAAGUUUUAAGAAUUGUGGCUUAGUUAUUGAUUUUUGGCAAUGUGUUAAAAUAUUAAUUGGAUGAUUUUGUGCAAUUUGUAUUGUUGGUGUUAUGACAAAUUAGUUCUGGUGUUUGUGUAAUCAAGUAUUGUAAGAAAUGUUUUUGUAGUCCAAUGUGUUCACUUAUUAUUUACUUUUUAUGUUUAAAGUGUUGAAACUUGUUUAACUCGUUAAUAAUCCUUUUACGUAUCUUUGUACAAAAUUAACAACGUGUUUUGUGUGCCAAUCACUCACAGUACACUCACGCCCAAAGUAUUUUUGUAUUCACAUUCCGUGGGCUCAUACAGGACUGCUCUCUUCAUCACCGAUCUGUGUGUAAAUAUAUAUUGGGAAUAAUACUCUUCAUACCUUUCCCUAAUUUUUUAUUGUGUUUGUGGAGUAUAAAUGAUAAAUAAAACCCUGAAUUGUUUAAACAA